CUCGAUCCUAUGCGUUAAUCUGCGAUCAUACGGUCAGGGAAACCGCUCGGCCAUUCCCCCAAAACCCCCUCAGGCCGCCGCCUGCUCCGACGAGCCCCGUGCCGCCCACCACGCGAUGCUUCCGGCAGUGAGGCCUCGCCUCCACCUCCCUCUUGCCCGCCUCUGCCGCCACCUCUCGUCAUCUUCUUCCGGCGUGGGGGGUCCCCCAACCGCCCCCACUGACGCCGCGGCGGCGGCUGCGGCGAAGGCGCAGGAGGCGGCGAAGGCGCGGAUGGAGGCGUACAAGCAGGUGCAGGACUUCGACUGGUCCAGCGGCGCUGACUGGAAGACGGCCGCCAACAUCCUCUUCACCGUGCCCCCCAAGCGCAAGGAGUUCGGGCUUGACUUCCACCUUGUGCAACUCUUCUUUGUUUGCAUGCCCUCACUAGCUGUCUAUUUGGUGGCCCAAUAUGCACGAAGGGAGAUCAAAAGGAUGGAAGCGGAAGCAGAAGCAAAAAGGAAAAAGAACGAGGAAGUAGAAAAACAGAAACAACUUGAGGCCGACUCUGUUAAGGAGGAUGCUGAUUUAAAGCUGGCAACAGUUUUAGUCAGGUUAGAUACACUAGAGGGGGUCGUUAAGGAAAUUGCGGAUGACAAAAUGAGAAGUUCUUCCCUUGAUUUAUCCACCAAAGAGAAGGCACUGAAGAAAGGUGAGUCAUCAUCUCCUGACAAGGCAUCUGAUUCAAAAAGCAGUGCAAGUGAUAGUCAGCUGCCGUCUGUCAAGAGUAAUGACAUCAAGGGUGUUGCGAAUGCUCCGUCGAAUGCAACACAUCAGGAUUCAGGAAACUAAAGGGAAUGGAGACAAGGCAAACGAUGAGUCCAGGAGUUGAUAAAUCACACAGUUUUUGGACGUUAGGAAUGAUCUUUGGUGUGUGUCGUGGACAUCGGUUGAAUUUGCAGCCUGUUGAUCAAGAGAGGGACGAAACCAGUUGGCAGGCAUGGUUAUGUUGUCCCUUUGGUCAAAGAUACACAAUAUUAGCUGAAGCUUUUCUCACGUUAUACCUGCAGAGUUGUCUCCCUACGAAAGAGUGGAAGCAAUUCAUAGAGCCUUGCAGUCUUUAAAGUCUAUGGUGGUUUUACGGUGCAUGAGGAUUGGCAGUAGUAGUUUUAACCUUGGUGUCUCGUUGGAUUUGGAGAAGCGCCCCAGAUUUUGCAUAAGCAGCUUUGAUUCACCUGAGGGAUUCAAUACAGUCCGACUUAACCCCCACCUCUCUCCCUCGCAGUAGGGCCGACGAUUCUUCAAACUCUAGCUUUUGAAUUUAAAGUUUCAAAACAGAACAAAGAAAAUGCAUUAACAUCUUUUUCUGGGUUGGCGAAAGAUGCCUUGUUUUAGCCUGCUGGUUAGUGGAUGAAUGAGGUCGACCAUCCUGAGGUCCAUAACUAUUUGAUAUUUGCUCCCCUCAAAAUUUGCAAGCUCUUAGUUCA